AUAGUUUUAAAUAUAUAGGAGAUACAGCUACUUGACACCACUCUACAAAUCAAUGUACAAACUUGACUCCCAAAUCCAAUUCAACAUUUCUCAAAUCAUAGUAAACUUCCUAUUCUCAAAAAGUAUAUCCAAAUCCAAAGUUCAUAUGUGUUUUUUUUCAUUACGUAUGUAAAAGGAUUUAAAAAGUUUCCUUACGUUUUCACUUUACAAAAAAAAGAAAAAAACUGUGUAAUUGUCUACGUGUUUGAUUUUAAGUCAAAAAAAAACUUGACCAAAUUGAAAAAAAAUGAAGUCAAGUGAAAUUUUAAUCAUGUAUUUUAUAGAGAAAAACAAAAUGGUUUUAUGAUUUUUUGUUUUGUUCUUUUGAAAGAGAAAUUGGAAGGUACAUGUAUGAAAAAAGUUACUAUAGAGAAAAGAGUUACUAUAGAGAAAAGAGUUACUAUAGAGAAAAAAAGUACUAUAGAGAAAAAAGUUACUAUAGAGAAAAAAAGUGACUAUAGAAAAAAAGUGACUAUAGAGAAAAAGUGACUAUAGAGAAAAAAGACACUACUAUAGAGAAAAAGUGACUAUAGAGAAAAAAGACACUACUAUAGAAAAAAAAGAUACUACAAUAGAAAACAAAAAAAGGGAUUCAUACAAACUGAUAGAUUUGUGAAAAAAAAGAAAAGAAAAAGAUAUAUGUAGAUUUGAUUGAUUGAAAAUGAUAUGUAAAGAGGAUCCACACUGGUUACACAAGAAUGAAAACGAUCAGGGAAAAGAUACUAUUAACCAAACCCAUAAAAGUACAUCUAAUGUCCAAACCAAAAAACACACACACAAAAAGCUUAAUGAUGAUUUCAGUCUUGAUGAAAUCUUGGAAUUUGAAGAUCAUGAUUGCUUAGUAGGUGUCAUAGGAGGUUGAUAAUAUCUUCUAGAACUAGGAGGCAUAGUAGCCCUAAGUUCAGCCAAACUAGG